AUGACGAUUUCCGAGUCAGAAGCCCGUGAACUUAUGAGGAUACGGAAUAUGAAAGAUAUCGUCAUCCUGCCCGCCAACAAGGGGCGUUCAACGGUCGUCGUUGAUAAGUUCGACUGCUAUGUGAAUGUAGAAGAUUUUCUGAUCGACAAGGAUUCGUAUGUGCCAUCGACUGUAGGCGAGUUCAAGAAACUGAAAAACGUCAUUUAUGAGACGAUGGACAAGUUGAAGGAGACAGGAGCCCUGACGGGAAGGGAAGCGCUGACUGCAAAAGCCACUGAUGUUGCAAUGGCACGUUUAUACUGCGCACCAAACGUGUACAAGUCAGGAGUGCCCUAA